ACUUCCGGUAUUGAUUUCAAAGGCACUGCAACAGCAACAGAGAUUACCGUUCAGGUACUUGCCAACUGCAACGUGAGCACUGGCAAUACUUCAGUUUUCUCCAACUCAUCUACGGCCAUCCUGCCUGGACUGUCUCCUGGGUCCAUACACAGUGUGUAUGUCCUGUGUAAUGAUUACCCAAAAUUCAACUCUUGCAGGGACUUCAUAACAAGUAAGUAUCUCACUCUAAGGGCUGGUUUUGACCCAGAUUAAGCCUGGUCCUGGAAUGAAAAUAACUUUCAGUAUUGAUCCUGACAAGCUCUCCUUAAACAACUAGUUUAAUUACUGUGAGAACAUCAACAUAUUACUUGUUCGCAUCCAAGAACAUGUGAAAAGUUGCCAUGUCUGUUGCAGUUUUCAUGCAUUUCACAUUGAAUGGCUCUCAUUUAGGCUCACUUGAUAAUAUUGGACUUGAUUCAGUUGAAAUUCUGUAUCUUUUCCCAAAUGCCCCUCUCUUGCACGCACAAAGCCCACAAUCAUCAGGAAACUUACUGUCUCUGAAAUCAGAACAUCAUCUGUGUCUCUGAGCUGGACUGAACCAGAGGGAAACAGCUCCUUCUAUAGAGUAGAGUGGACUGAUGGCAGUAAAACUAUUAAUACAACUACACAUGAGACAGCCUUCAACAUCAAUGAGCUGACUGCUGGAGUUUGGUACACAUUCAGAGUCACUGCAGUGGCUGAAGAUAACAUGACUGAAGGAGUUGCUUAUGUAACAAAUCAAGCCACAAGUAAGUCUCACUGAAAGUUGCUUUAUGCUGACUUGUUUGCCUCAAACAGAGCUGGAGACUAACCUCAAACAUCAGACGACUCUUCUUCAAACAUCAGAUGACUCUUCUCUGACGUUCAUCCCUUUCUCUAUUGUUCCUGUCACCGACAUCCUUCUCUUUCGCUCCCCUCUUUCUCCCCUUCUCCUUCUCUCCCCCUCCUUUACUCCUUCUAUUUCACAAACAGAACCUGCUGUCAUCGCACCCCCUACUGUCAUUCAGACCACCACGUCGCUUUCUCUGAGCUGGACCAAGCCUACAGGAGAGGCGGCAGGCUACAGGGUGGAGUGGCAAAACGGAGGAACAGUGAUGAGACAACUUACAUCCACAACCUCUGCCAUCAUAGAGGGCCUGACCCCAGGGACCCAGUACACACUCCAGGUCUUUGCCAUCGCUCAGGACAACUCAACAGCAGGCGACCCUCGCACAGUAUACGUAUACACAAGUACGGCUAAAGCUUAAUGAUGCCGAAAUGGUCUAUUACUAAAUGUAAAAUGAUUUAGUUGAAUAUUAACAUACUAUAUAGAGUACACUAAAUACCAAAUACACUGACUGUAUAAAACAUGCUCUUUCCAUGACAUAGACUGACCAGGUGAAUCCAGGUGAAAGCUAUGAUCCCUUAUUGAUGUCACUUGUUAAAUUCACUUCAAUCAGUGUAGAUGAAGGGGAGAAGACAGGUUAAAGAAGGAUUUUUAAGCCUUGAGACAUGGAUUGUGUAUGUGUGCCAUUCAGAGGGUGAAUGGGCAAGACAAAAUAUUUAAGUGCCUUUGACCAGGGUAUGGUAGUAGGUGCCAGGUGCGCUGGUUUUUCACGCUCAACAGUUUCCAGAGUGUAUCAAGAAUGGUCCACCACACAAAGGACAUCCAGCCAAUGACAACUGUGGGAAGCAUUAGAGUCAAAAUGGGCCCGCAUCCCCGUGGAACGCUUGACACCUUGUAGAGUCCAUGCCGACGAAUUGAGGCUGUUCUGAGGGCAAAAGGGGGUGCAACUCAAUAUUAGGAAGGUGUUCCUAAUUCUUUGUACGCUCAGUGUAUAUUUACUUUAUCUUGGUUAAUAAGUAGAGCUAAAUGUUUUUUUUCUGACCCCUUUUCCUCCAUUUUGCUCUACAGAGCCCAGAGAUGUCGACAACCUCAAUGUGAUUGGAUCCACAACAUCGUCUGUCUAUCUGAGCUGGACUCAAUCAGAGGGAAACAGUUCAUUCUAUAGAGUAGAAUGGACUGAUGGCAGUGACAUUGGCAGUAAGAAUACCACAGAAACCUCCACUACCAUCACUGGGCUGACUCCUGGAGUGCAGUACAACUUCACAGUCACUGCAGUGGCUGGAGAUAACACAACUGUAGGACAAGGCAGUGAAACAACCGCUUUUACAAGUAAGUCCUCUUUCAAGUUGAGUAUUGAAUGACUCAAAGGAUUUGGAUACACAAGGAUUUGGAUACACAGGUAAGGCGAAUAUGUAGUUGUCGAAAAUGACUAAACAAUUUAUUGGUUGUGGACUAGCCUAUCCAUAGACGGUAACUAACGUUAGCGUCUAUUCAAUAAGGUAUCUUCCAUCCGGAGGGAUUUUGUUGAGAGCCCCGACGCUCGGUCUGAACUUUAACAUGUAUCGCUUGCGGUACGGUUUUGGAAACAUAAGGACCUUAUCUUUCAUAUUAGCGAGAAAUAAUAAAAAUAUAAUAAAAAUGUUGAAUUACUACACACCUUUAUAGGGUAAGGGUUCCCACACGGCCAUAUUUCCUUCUUACAGUGCUUGUUUACGGAAGACAGACUGCUCCGAACACCUGUGUGUAACGGAUGGAAGGAUGCUAGAAAAGUGUUGUCGGCUGCAACUGGUGUUAAACCCGGUUAAAAAGGUGUAUAUUUUGCAUUUGUAAAAUAAUUUUGAUGUGAUAUGAAAGUAAAGGUCUUUAUGUUUCUAGAACCGUACCGCAACAUUUCUGAAAUCAGACCUGUUGUAAAACUGUGCUCGCGUGAUCAAGCAUUUAAACUCUGCCUGGAAAUCACCCUCCAUUCACCUUUUAUGGUGACAAUAACGUACUUUAUUUGCUGUAUAAUAACUAUUGGCAUUCGGCAACGACAGUUUCUUAAAGAAAGAGAAAUGGCAAUUUUGAUCACAUUUCUGUAGAGCUAUAUUUUGCAGUGACUUUUUCAAACUGAACAUUCAUGCUGCAUAUAGUGAGUGCCUGUCCACACAUUCUGCAAGAUUUAUUGUAUAUUCUAAACAAUUUAAAAGUAGACUAAAUGCUACAGCCCACACUUUGAUGCAAAAGACGAAUUGUUGUUCAAUAUUUAGUUUAUCAGUAGUUUAUUGGGUUUCUAUGUCCUGCCUUAUCAAAUCAAAUCAAUAAAAUAAAAUAAAAUUGUAUUUGUCACAUGUGCCGAAUACAACAGGUGUAGACCAUAGAAUGAAAUGCUUACUUACAAGCCCUUAACCAACAAUGCAGCUUGUAAGAAAAAUAAGUGUUAAGUAAAAAAAAUAAAAAAAUAAGAUAAAUAAAAUAGAAAUAACAAAUAAAUAAAGAGCAGCAGUAAAAUAACAGUAGCGAAGCUAUAUACAGGGGAUACCGGUACAGAGUCAAUGUGCGGGGGCACCGGUUAGUCAAGGUAAUUGAGGUAAUAUGUACAUGUAGGUAGAGUUAAAGUGACUAUGCAUAGAUAAUAAACAGAGAGUCGCAAAAGCGGGGGACAAUGCAAAUAGUCCGGGUAGCCAUUUGAUUAAUUGUUCAGCAGUCUUAUGGCUUGAGGGUAGAAGCUGUUAAGAAGCCUUUUGGACCUAGACUUGGUGCUCCGGUAACGCUUGCCGUGAGGUAGCAGAGAGAACAGUCUAUGACUAGUGUGGCUGGAGUCUUUGACAAUUUUUAGGGCCUUCCUCUGACACCACCUGGUAUAGCGGUCCUGGAUGGCAGGAAGCUUGGCCCCAGUGAUGUACUGGGCCAUACGCACUACCGUCUGUAGCGCCUUGCGGUCGGAGGCCGAGCAGUUGCCAUACCAGGCAGUGAUGCAACCAGUCAGGAUGCUCUCGAUGGUGCAGCUGUAUAACUUUUUGAGGAUCUGAAGACCCAUGCCAAAUCUUUUCAGGUCCUGAGGGGGAAUAGGCUUUGUUGUGCCCUCUUCAUGAUUGUCUUGGUGUGUUUGGACCAUGAUAGUUUGUUGGUGAUGUGGACACCAAGGAACUUGAAGCUCUCAACCUGCUCCACUACAGCCCCGUCGAUGAGAAUGGGCCGUGCUCGGUCCUCCUUUUCCUGUAGUCCACAAUCAUCUCCUUUGUCUUGAUCACGUUGAGGGAGAGGUUGUUAUCCUGGCACCACACGGCCAGGUCUCUGACCUCCUCCCUAUAGGCUGUCUUAUCAUUGUCAGUGAUCAGGCAUACCACUGUUGUGUCGUCGUCAAACUUAAUGAUGGUGUUGGAGUCAUGCCUGACCUUGCAGUCAUGGGUGAACAGGGAAUACAGGAGGGGACUGAAACGCACCCCUGAGGGGGCCCCAUGUUGAGGAUCAGUGUGGCAGAAGUGUUGUUACCUACCCUUACCACCUGGGGGCGGCCCGUCCAGGAUCCAGUUGCAGAGGGAGGUGUUUAGUCCCAGGGUCCUUAGUGAUGGGCUAUGUGGGCACUAUGGUGUGAACGCUGAGCUGUAGUCAAUGAACAGCAUUCUCACGUAGAUGUUCCUUUUGUCCAGGUGGGAAAGGGCAGUGUGGAGUGCAAUAGAGAUUGCAUAAUCUGUGGAUCUGUUGGGGCGGUAUGCAAAUUGUAGUGGGUCUAGGGUUUCUGGGAUAAUGGUGUUGAUGUGAGCCAUGACCAGCCUUUCAAAGCACUUCAUGGCUACAGACGUGAGUGCUACGGUUCGUUAGUCAUUUAGGCAGGUUAUCUUAGUGUUCUUGGGCACAGGGACUAUGGUGGUCUGCUUGAAACAUGUUGGUAUUACAGACUCAGUCAGGGACAGGUUGAAAAUGUCAGUGAAGUCACUUGCCAGUUGGUCAGCGCAUGCUCGGAGUACACGUCCUGGUAAUCCGUCUGGCCCUGCGGCCUUGUGAAUGUUGACCUGUUAAAAGGUCUUACUCACAUCAGCUACGGAGAGCGUGAUCACACAGUCGUCCGGAACAGCUAAUGCUCUCACGAAUGCUUCAGUGUUGCUUGCCUCGAAGCGAGCAUAGAAGUAAUUUAGCUCGUCUGGUAGGCUUGUGUCACUGGGCAGCUCGCGGCCGUGCUUUCCUUUGUAGUUUGUAAAAGCCCCGCCUUAGUAUAGGCUCUAAGACUAAAUAGGCAAUGAUGUCGCGCUCCUAUCGCACAGCAAUACUGUUGCCUACCCAUACUGUCAAAAUGUGUACAUAAGCUACUGGUCUAUUUACUGUGUUGGCAGAAUGUUUUAAUCUUUAGCAGUAACUUAUGCUGUAUCUGGAAAAGGACUGUGUCCGUUUCUGAAAGAGAAAACAAUGGUAAAUAGUUGUGGACCUGUCAGCAGAAAGUUUCACUUCAAUAAUGUUUUGCAUCUGCUUUUCCCCCAACCUAAAUAUGAUGGACUGUACGUGAAUUCUGAAACAUUGUCUAGGUCAGGCUACAAAAAAAAAUUAAUUUACAGUAAUUACCAUAGCAUACAAUGCAUUCGGAAAGUAUUCAGACCCCUUGAUUUUUUCCACAUUUUGUUAUGUUGCAGCCUUAUUGUAAAAUUGAUUAAAUAAAUAUGUUCCCUCAUUAAUGUACACACAAUACCCCAUAAUGACAAAGUGAAAACAGGUUUUUAGAAUGUUUUUCAAAUGUAUUAAAAAUAAAAACAGAAAUACCUUAUUUACAUAAAUAUUCAGACCCUUUGCUAUGAGACUUUAAAAUGAGCUCAGGUGCAUCCUGUUUCCAUUGAUCAUCCUUGAGAUGUUUCUACAACUUGAUUGGAGUCCACCUGUGGUAAAUUCAAUUGAUUGGACAUUAUUUGAAAAGGCACACAUCUGUCUAUAUAAGGUCCCACAGUUGACAGUGCAUGUCAGAGCAAAAACCAAGCCAUGAGGUCGACAGAAUUGUCCGUAGAGCUCUGAGACACAAUUGUGUCGAGGUACAGAUCUGGGGAAGGGUACCAAAACAUUUCUGCAGCAUUAAAGGUCCCCAAGAACACAGUGGCCUCCAUCAUUCUUAAAUGGAAGAAGUUUGGAACCACCAAGACUCUUCCUAGAGCUGGCUGCCUGGCCAAACUGACCAAUCAGGGAGAAGGGCCUUGGUCAGGGAGGUGACCAAGAACCCAAUGGUCACUCUGACAGAGCUCCAGAGUUCCUCUGUGGAGAUGGGAGAACCUUCCAGAAUGACAACCAACCUGCAGCACUCCACCAAUCAGGCCUUUAUGCUAGAGUGGCCAGACGGAAGCCACACCUCAGUAAAAGUCACAUGACAGCCCGCUUGGAGUUUGCCAAAAGGCACCUAAAAUACUCCAUGAGAAACAAGAUUCUCUGGUCUGAUGAAACCUACAAUGAACUGUUUGGCCUGAAUGCCAAGCAUCACGUCUGGAGGAAACCUGACACCAUCCCUACGGUGAAGCAUGGUGGUGGCAGUUUAAUGCUGUGGGGAUGUUUUUCAGCAGCAGAGACUGGGAGACUAGUCAGGAUCGAGGGAAAGAUGAACCGAGCAAAGUACAGAGAGCUCCGUGGAGAAAACCUGCUCCAGAGCUCUGGACCUCAGACUGGGACGAAGGUUCACCUUCCAACAGGACAACGACCCUAAGCACACAGCCAAGACAACGAAGGAGUGGCUUCGGGACAAGUCUCUGAAUGUCCUUGAGUAGCCCAGCUAGAGCCUGGGCUUGAACCCGAUCUAACAUCUCUGGAGAGACCUGAAAAUAGCUGUGCAGCGACACUCCCCAUCCAACCUGACAGAGCUUGAGAGGAUCUGCAGAGAAGAAUGGGAGAAACUCUUAACCUGUUUUUGCUUUGUCAUUAUGGGAUAUUGUUGAGGGAAAAAAACUCAAAUUAAUCCGUUUUAGAAUAAGGCUGUAACAUAACAAAAUGUGGAAAAAGUCAAGGGGUCAGAAUACCUAUGGGAUUGCAAAACUUGAAAUACAUAUUUCCUAUCUAUUUACUAGACUACUAGGCCCAAUUAAAUGAGAGCUGUGCAUGGUAGUAUGCCUACUUUGGGAAUAUGAACCAAUCACGGCCAGAAACGGUGAGGUAUUUAUUCUGCAAUGGUUAUGAAAAUAAAAUAGGAAAAAGAUUCCUAUGUCUAAUUAUUUUAUAUUCUAAAAAUAAAACACCGAUUUUUGCUCUUCUCACUAAUGACAACUGGCUGAAUUCUUGUUAAUAUGUUUUCCUGUUUUUUUUAUAAGCUUUUCAUCAUACGCCAUUUUCACAAAAUAAUUACUUACCAGCUUGCAAUACAAUAUUUCAACUACUACCAAAUGUGCGUACACAUGGUAUAACGUUUGGGGGGAGGUGAGUACAUUCUCACGUCAAGCGACAUUUUUAUAAAUGCCAACUUUUGCGUGAAAACUGGUGCACGCACAUUUUGUGGUAUAUUUUGUACGUAUUCACUGUUUAUACAUUAAGGAGGAACGGUAGGCUCGCCUAUACUCAUUAAGAGUACAUUCUUGGGCUAAAUGUGACCUUGUUUUUGUCUUUUCUAUACAGUCUAUAUUUCAUUCAUUGCAAUGAACCUUCUCAAUUGUGCCCUGACAGAGCCUGUACAACCUGUGAACAUUGUGACUAUGGGACGAGGAACCAGUGAGCUGAAUGUGACCUGGACCUUGCCUGGAGGGAGCGUGGACCAAUACAACGUGAAUAUCUCUAAUGCUGCUUUAAGCUAUACAUCCAGCCAAACCACACAGACCACAAUGGCCAGCUUCACUGGGCUACAGUCAGGGAUGCUCUAUGAGGUCACAGUGACUGCUGUAGCUGGACCCUUCAGUAACCAGUCUGCUAGGGGCCAGUUAGCCACUGGUAAGUCAUGGCUAAUGGUGGCUAUACUAUGCAUUUAUUGUAGAGUUUCUGAAGGCUUCAUAGUAGUUUGUCGUUUCUGAGAGUUUGUAUGAGAGAGUAUGAGAAGGUUCUCUCUGUGUUUCAGGAAAAGCAAAUGGACUUUGUGUGUGUUUGUGUGAAUGUGAAUUUGUUUUUGCAACUUUCCUAACAUCUCUCGUAUUUCUCCACCACAGUGCCCAACCCACCUGGACCCCUCAACAUCACAGAGAGGACAACCAGCUCCCUCUCUGUACAAUGGACAACCCCAGGUCUAAUGACUGGAGCUCCAGCCAUCUCCUAUAACAUUAGCUACCAGUCCUACUGGGACUGGGAUUACAGCAAGCACCCAGUCUACCUCGAAUCUCAGCCGUAACCUGUGCUCUCUGUCCUCUGGAACGUUCUACACCAUCACAGUGAUAACCGUGGGACCACAGGAUCUGGGAAGCGCCCCUGUUAAUACAUCUGGAUAUACUUGUAAGUACACUUGUAACAACUACAUAUUGUGCUUAGGGUGACAUUUUUGACGAUGUGAAAUUGUUGCAGAAGUCUUCUGAAUUCUUUCCAAUACUAUGCACGGUUGAUGCAUGGUCCUGUAUGGAUCAGUUGGUAGAGCAUGGCGCUUGCACUCCUAGGGUUGUGGGUUCGAUUCCCGGGGCCACCCAUACAUAAAAUGUAUGCACACUUGACUGUAAGUCGCUUUGGAUUAAUGCGUCUGCUAAAUGGCAUAUACGCUAUUAUUUAUAUUAUAUAUUAUUUGAAAUACUUCAGAUUAAAUGCCUUACCAAAUGUCAUAUCCUAUUAAGAUCAUUGAUUAAGGUUACUUUUUUCUCCUAGUGCCCAAACCAGUGGUGAACCUCACAGCGAGCCCGUUGUCCACCUCCUCAGUGAAGCUACAGUGGACUGACCCUGUGGAUGUUAAGUCCUACUACUCCUACAGAGUCCAGUACAGCAACACUACAGGCCCUGUUGAAGAGGAAACAGUCAAUACGAACUUCACGGACGUCCCUGGCCUAGAACCUGGGACUGGCUAUAACUUCACGGUUACAACGGUAGCAGCAGCGGGAAGCGACGGAAUUCCAGAAAACACGUUCAGCUACACAAGUAAGCCAAUAUUCUAAACUUCCAAAGGUAUUCAUAGAGUAAUCCAAGAGUAAUGCAAGGGUAAUCCAAGUGCACUCUAGUCAUCCAGCAAACUGCAGUUACUCUUGCAUAGUUAAGAGGCGUAUAACACCGGCUGCUAAAUGAUCCUGUUUUACAGAUUAUAUUAAUACAAUAUCUGCCCUUUUUGCCAUUCAGAACCCAAGGCGGUCAGUAACCUCAUGAUCGAGGAUCUGAACACAACCGCUAUCAGGCUUUCCUGGUCCAAACAGGAUGACCACAAACCCACCUACUCCUAUCUGGUGACCGUCUCCAAGAGUGGUUCUAUGGUUGAGAACGUAUCAACCACGGUCGAGAGCUACACCUUCACCCAUCUCCAGCCUGGGGACAGUUACACCUUCUCUGUGGUCACGGUCGUCCAGGGGAUUAAGUCUGACUCAGUAGGGACGUCUAGCUACACAAGUACGGUUCCAAAGACGCCCCUCCCCCUCAUCCCUUUCUCACUUCCCCUUCUUUACAUAGCAAAGUUGAUUUAAUAUAAGAUGGCUGACAGUGCGUGUUUCACAUCUAAACCAAAUUAAAGACUAAUUUUCAUAAUAAACAUUUACCACAACACUUUUAAGUUCUCUAUAACUCUAGACUAAAAUUUGAAAUGUUAAAGGUCCAAUGCAGCUGUUUUUAUCUCGAUAGCAAAUCAUUUCUGGGUAACAAUGAAGUACCUUACUCUGAUUGUUUCAAAAUGGUCAAAAAGAAACAAAAAUUGCUUCUAUGCAACGAGCAAGUUAUCAAGCAAGAAUUUUGCUAGGACUGUCUGGGAGUGGUUUGAGUGGGGAGGGGAAAACAGAGGUUUGUAACUAUCUUUCUUAUUGGUCUAUUAACUAAUUUACCACCUGGUGAUGUCACCAGGUAGGCCAAAACUCCAUCUCACCAAAACAUGCUGAAUUUUCUGGCGCUAUGUUCAAACAGCUCUUACUCUAAAAGGGCAUUAUCAUAAUUUUGACAAUUUAACAGUAUUAUUCCAACCUCAGUGUGGAAAUAUAUAUAAAACACAGGAAAAUCACGUUUUUGACUGCACUGGGCCUUUAAUGUAAUGUUUUUGUUGUAUCCAACAUUUAGCACCUGGGGUGGUGACAAACAUCGCCGCGAUAGGAACAACAACCACAAUGAAUGUGACAUGGGAUGCCCCUGUGGGACAGGUGGACUCCUACACCGUCACAAUCUACAAUGACAACGUGAUGGAAAACAACCUCACCAUCUCCAAUGACUCUCUAGAAGUAGUGUUCCAGAACCUGAAACCAGGCAAAGUCUAUGUUGUCAGAGUGGUCACCAACAGUGGACCGCUCACUGAUGCAUCACUGAAUGUUACAAAUGCAACGUGUAAGUCAGUCAAUGUUUUAGUAAAGUCCAACUUUCCAGAUGUACUCCAUUUGUUUAGUUGCUGCUGCUGUAAAGAUAAUUACAUAUUUUUCUGAAGAGCAUAUACAAUUACAGAGACAUGAUCAUAAUCUAGAUGGAAUGUUCUCUAAUGUGGCGCAGUGGUCUAAGGCACUGCAUCGCAGUGCUAGCUGUGCCACUAGAGAUCCUGGUUCGAGUCCAGGCUCUGUCGCUGCCGGCCGAGACCCAGAGACCCAUGGGCGGCGCACAAUUGGUCCAGCGUCGUCCAAGGUAGGGGAGGGUUUGGCCGGCAGGAAUGUGGGUUCGUUUCCCACGGGGGGCCAGUAUGAAGAAAAAAAAAGAAAAAAGAAAACAAAAACACAUGUAUGCAUUCACUGCUAAAUGACUAAAAAUGUUUAAAAAAUGCCUGAAUCACUCCACCUGCAAUAUCCUCCAUAACUAAAGUCUCCCUGGUUUGUUCCCAGAUCCCAACCCUCCUGGAACCCAGACGGUGGAGGACCAGACCACUGGUUCCAUCAACAUCAGCUGGGCCCGGCCCCUGGACAUGGACCUGGGUCAGUACUGGUUCUCUGUGUUCCAUCUGGACCAGCAGAACCUGACAGAACACAACUGGAUCCUCCUGGAGAACCUCCAGUCUGGAACACUCUAUAACAUCGCUGUGGUAACCGUAGGGCCGUUGGACUACCAGAGCACAGUGGUGACGACAACCAGCUAUACCAGUGAGUGACUACUGAACACACACAACUACACAGUAUCUACACAUGCAUGUACCUGCAGCACAUGGGGAUGUGUGAAACUCACUUCUCAGCCUGAAGUGUCCCCACUUGCGCCGCCGAAUAGCUAGUCCGUUACAUACACACACUCGUAUGUACGCACACACAGAUUGAACAUGUUCAUAAAUUAUCUUUGCUGUUCGUUUGUCCCAGGGCCCGACUCUGUGAGCGGGCUGACAGAGGCAGGAAUCACCCCCACCGAUGUGACUCUAGUCUGGGAUCAGCCGGAGAACAAAGCAGACUACUCCUUCAAGGUGGAGGUAACCUACCCCAACGGGUCCCUUUUCAUCUCCGUCACUGUCAACAACACCACGACAACUGUCACCGGACUACAGUCGGGGAGCAACUACACCUUUACCGUGACAACGCUCACAGAGGACGGCACCAUGGCAACCCCUGUGAAAGUGUUCUAUUACACAAGUAUGUUCCCAUGGCAAUAACAAUUCUCAAUGUCAUUUUAAGAGUUAUUUAUCUUUCUAAAUUGGUGUCAAUAAGAGUACAUAUUAGGGACCAGCAUAUGUUGAACAGUAUUCACCUCUUUGUAUUACUCAAGUCAAACCGAAGAUCCUUUGUAUCCAGGACCAUAUCCCAUUAGUGGGUUGGUGGCCCCGACAGUAAACACAACUGCUGUACAUCUGACCUGGACCAAGCCACCUCAGUACCAGAGUGGUUACACAUACCGUAUCCAGACCGAGGGGUGCGUGUCUACUCCCACAAACCACACAGUGACAGGAGAGGUGGCCGUCAUUACAGAACUCACACCAGGAACCAACUGCACCUUCAGUGUUUCCGUCAAGGCACAGGACGGUAUAGAGGGAGGCACCGUCUCAAUCUUUCAGUACACAGGUGAGACCUCCUUCCUUUUCACCUACAGGAUGGUCAAAAAUGAUUGGCACCGUUGAUAAAUAUGAGCAAAAAAGGCUAUAUAAAAAUUAUAUGCUCAAAGAAAAGCGAGGGAAAUUAAAAUUGAAAUUAUGUUAUUUUACAAUACAAUUGCUUAGAGAACGUUUUUGAAAAAUUCUCGAAAAGAUGGUUGUCAAAAUUAUAGGCAACCCUAAAUAUUCUAAUAAAUAAAAUCAAACAAAAUAAAUCUGCAUGGCUUCCUGUUUCACUGGGAUAUAAUAACAUUUGGUAAUACGCAUGGAAUAUCCCUUUGUCAUCCAUCUCCAUUGGAAAAGGCAAACGGCUCACAAAUGAAAGAGACAAAUGGUUGUUGACCUUCAUAAAUCAGGCAAUGGGUACAAGAAAAUCACAAAAAUAUAUAAAUAUGUACCACUUACCACUAUUAGGGCAACAAUGAAUUAGUUAAAACCACUGGAACAGUGAAAAAAUUGCCUGGUAUUGGACACAAGUGUAUCUUGUCCCCAUGCACAGUGAGGAAGAAUUACAGAACUUAGUCACAUCUUUGGGUCACCAAGUCUCCAAAUCUACAAUUAGACACCACCUCCAUGCCAAUAGGCUAUUUGGAAGGGUUGCCAGAAAAAAGCCUUUAUUGAGAGCAACCAACAAAUGUAAACACCUGGAGUUUGGUAAAUAGCAUUGGCACUUGGAAUGGAACCAGUGCAAAGAGCUCUUUGGCCAUGCACACCAGUGGUGAGUUUGUCCUCGAAAGAAGGAUGUAUAUACAGAAAAUAACCUCAUGCCUACUGUAAAAUAUGGUGGUGCAUCUUUGAUGUUAUUGGCAGGUUUUGGUUCCACUGAUCCUGGGGCCCUUGUUAAGGUCAACGGCAUCACAUACUCUACCAAGUAACAGGUCAUUUUAGCCAAAUACCUGGUUGCCUUUGCCAGGAAGCUGAAACUUAGCCGUAAGUGGAUCUUCAGCAAGACAAUAACCCCAAGCACACAUCAAAAUCCACAAAGAAAUGGUUAAUUGACAACAAAAAUAACAUUUAGCAGUUUCCGGACUUGAACCCCAUUGAAAACCUGUGGUUUGAAUUGAACCGAAGAAUAUCAAGGAUCUGUAAAGAUUCUGUAUGGAGGAAUGGUCUAAGAUCCCUCUAAAUGCUGUUAUCCUCACAAGGGGAGGGUGCCAGAGUAUUGAAAACAAGGUUGGCAAUAAAUUUGACACCUACAGUAUCUUUUAGUUUUUUUGUAUUACUUCCCAAAAAAAUCCCUUUCUCUAAGCAAUUGUAUUAGUAUAAAUUCAAAUGUUUUGGAGCAUACAAUAUAGCUUAGUAUUUGUAUUAUUUGUUUUAUACAGUCUUUUUUAAAUAAAUGUGUCUCUGGAUGACACAUAAUGUUUGUUUUCAACAUUAGGGCUUUUUUCCUAAAGAAGUUAAAUCCGCUUUGUGUUUUGUUUCCUUGCCACGAUACUAAUGAGUAUCGCUAUACUGGUAUUGUCCCGGCCCUAGUAACCCCCGGAGUAAGUGGCCUUGCACGGGUCUGAGACCCUCCACAAAAACAUUAUUGUGACAACAGUGCCCCUAUAUCAGCCAUUGCCGGAGCCCCCUGUGCCCGUAAGUAGUUGUUGGUGGCGGAGUCGAGGGAACGAGUAGGCUUGGGCACAACCAUGCUAUUAUCCCACACACAGUCUCUGUGGUUCGUAUGAACCCCCGAAAUGAGCUGUCUGUCUCCAGCUCAACGCUUUUCAUUCCUGUGAAUGAUAUUCAAUUCCGAAUCGCCCCUGUCUGUUAACACAGAAGGGGUCAGUUUUUCAGAGCAGUCUGUCCCAUUCUCAGCUAGGUUACAAGGCGCUCUGUCGCCAGUACCUAUGACUGGUCGGUAGGGUAACCUCCAUUAUAACUUUUUUUCUUUGGGUCUAUGUUUAAUGCGUAUGGUCCAGCACUGGGUGCCAGCCGGUUACCGGAAUACAUCUUACUUCCUAAACCGAAUGAGGCUCGUUGUGACAACAGUUCCCCUAAGUAGCACUGUCAAUCGGGGUACGUCACUGAUCACCGGAGCCCUUGUACCUAGAGUGUACCUGUUUUUUCAACCCUGAGGUCCACAGUAUUCACGAGUGUCAUAAGUGUUGUGUCUCCAGCAUGUGAGUUAAAUGAAAAGUGCCCCUUCUCCACGUUCAGAAUAACACGUUGCACUGAGGAUUGGUGUGGUCUUGUGUCGUUCCUAUUUGUUUACUGAUUCCCCUAGAGGGCUGUAUACGUAUACGUGGCACGCGUUUGAGCUUUGGUGCCAAAAUAAAGGAAUUGUUCCUAUUCAAAGUUCUCUGGGGGACAUUUUAAUGUUCCUACAGGAGCAUUUUGAGCAGGGUGCUUCAUUCUCCACUUUGAAAGUGUAUAUGGCGGCUAUUUCAGCGUGUCAUGUAGGAAUUGAUGGCGCCAGUCCAGAGGCUCAUCCCCUGGCGGUGCGGUUCCUAAAAGGUGUGUGCCGUCUCAGACGGGUCUCUAAACCUAUUGCGCCCAUUUGGGAUUUAGCUUUAGUUUUGGAUGCUGUGGGUUAGUCCCCUUUGACCCACUGGAGUCUGUGGAUCUGAAGAUCUUCUCCUACAAGACCACCUUGCUUGUGGCUUUGGCCUCGGCUAAACGCGUUUAGGUUCUCCACACGUUAUCCAUACACACUUCCUGUACUCAUUUCACCCCUGGCGACUCAAAGGUGACGUUACGUCUGAAUGCAGCCUUCGUCCCGAGAUCCUUUUGCUUCUGAAGAGCAACAGAGGUUACAUGCCCUCUUUCCAGUAUGAGCUUUAUACGCGUACCUUGGGCGGACCCAGGAUAUCCGGUGACCAGCUUUUUGUCUCUUUUGCUAAUCCAGCUGGCAGCAGGGCGCUUUCUAAACAGCAUUUCUCCCACUCGAUUGUGGAGGCUAUCUCCCUGGCAUAUAGCAGCAAGGGGCACUCCACCAGGCGUCUGGCAGUGUCUUGGGUGUUAUUUAAAGGGUUGACUGUAGUGGAUAUUUGUGCUGCGGAUAGUUGGGCAUCACCACACACUUUUUUUAGGUUUUAUUGCUUGGAUGUCACUGCUCCCAGUGUAGCCCACAGCGUGCUUACAGCUGGGACAGGGUCAUCAGGCAGCGCGCAAUGUGCGCAAUACCCAAUACCUAACUUCGCCCCCAUCUCUGUUCCUCUCUACCAGAGCCUGAAUCUGUCCAGCCAUCCAUCUCCAACAACGGUACCACCAGUACCAUGGUGGUGAGCUGGGCGGCACCACCAGGGAAUGUGGGGCAGUAUGUGGUCCAUCUGAACAGCACUGACCAAGUCUUUACCCCCGUAUGGCUGAAUUCCAACCAGCAGACACACACCUUCAUGUACCUGUUAGCUGGGAGACAGUACACAGCCGUGGUGACCACUAUCAGUGGGCCCUUCGAUGAAACCUCAGGACCUGUAACUACAGCAACUCGUGAGUAUAAGGGAGGAGCCAAGGGGAAAAGGGCCCAGAGUUCUACUUACAGUAGCAUGCCUCCUUUGUCUGUCCGAGUUCAUUCAUUUGUUUUAACUGUUUAGUCUAAGACAAAGAACAAUGUUUAUUUCGCACCAGUCCAGAGUUAGCUUUCAGGAUACUUUGCGCAAGGACAUUCAAUUCACGGAUGUUAUUUACAACUCAAUAUAAAUUGCUGUCAAUUGUCUCUCUCAGAACCCAACCCGCCUGGGCCCAUCGUGAUCCUGGAGAAGACUACUAGUUCCAUCACUGUGGAGUGGGGUGAAGCUCCUCUGAUGGCCAACACCACCUUCAGUUACCUAGUGAAGUACCUGUCAACGCAGACAGACGAAAAGACAGUCAAUACCACAAAUACAAGUCACACACUGCCAAGCCUUUCCUCUGGAACACCCUACAAUAUCUCUGUGGUUACAGUGGGAGUGCUAUGGUUCCACAGUGAGGAGGUCUGGAGCAGUUUGGUCACAACCAGUGAGUGUCAACACACACACACACACACACGUACAUACACAUGCGAGCAUUCGAAAACCCACACACACAAUCAUUUCCAAACACAUACACCCAAAUACAAUCCUGAGACUUUUGUUUUCUGUAUUCAUAACUAUUGCUUUACUAACCUCUCUAUGCUGUCUUUGAUUGAAUUUCCAAGGACCAGAGAGUGUCCAGUCACUCAGUGCAGUGACAGCAGAGGAGCACGUAACAUUGACCUGGUCCAAGCCUGUGGGUCACAAACCAGGCUACAGCUACAGAGUGACCUGGACAAACUCCACUGGGUUCAUCAUCAGUAAUACGACCACAGCUAUGGAAAGCCUGCUCAUCAAUGGAUUGGUCCCGGGUAGUCUGUAUAACUUCGCUGUAACAAUACAGACAGAUGAUGGAACAGAGGGCGCUCCAGUCUCAACCUCCAGCUGCACCAGUAAGAUAAUAGGAUGUAGACUACCAUACUGUACCACCAGUGUGUGAUGCAUUAAGAAUGCAUAUAGGGAUUUAUAAAGGACGUACUAUCGCAACUAUCAUCUACAGACACUGAUCCAGAUAGGGAUCCUAUUUUAGAUGUAUUAUUGAACUGAGUUUUGGUCUCUUGUAAAUAGGAUUUUUGAACUGAGUUUUGAUCUCUUGUAAAUAAAAAUGUCAUUCAGCCAUGGUCUGCACAUUUUCUAGUAAUACAAUCAAACCUGAAACCUGAAAACCUCUCUCUCUCCCUCACUGUGCCAUAGAUGCCAGCCCUGUGUCCAACUUGAAGUGUUACUCUCCUAACGACCCCGACGCCAAGCUGACUCUGUCCUGGACCAAACCCAAAGGACUGAACCAGGGCUUUCAGAUCACUGCUUAUGAAACCAUCCAACUCCCCCAGGGCCAGGUGAGGCUACACAAUGUAUUUCUCAAACAGUACAGUACAUAUUGGUCACCGAAUCAAAAAAUUUAUUGAUUGAAUGAAUGACUGAACGAUUGCUUGAUUAAUUUAUUAAUUGAUUGGUUAAGGUACACAAUGAGACAAGUGGCGACUGUAACCCAGCCUGUGGUCACACAGUCCCUGGCCUGAAGCACAAUACGGACUACACCCUGACCGUGACCACUCUGGGCUGUGGGGAAACCAGCACCGUCCAAAGCCUCACCUGCAAGACUGGCAUUACUGGUAUGUGAUAGAAGCAUAGUUCAAUUGCAAUGUAGGCUCAAAUUUGAUGGAAUACGAUAUCACAACUUAAUUACCCUCACCAUUAGAACAUUUAUGUUUUUCACACAAUGACAUUGACAAUAUUAAAACCGUUAUGUGUUGUACAUGGAUUUUCUUUACCUCUACAAUAUGUGUUGCCCGUGUAAAGAUGUAGGAUCUUCAUUUGAGCCAGUUUGCUACGACAGGAAAAUAAUCCUGCAGCAACAGGAAAUGUGAAUUAUGUGGAUUAUAAUUAAUGGACAUUUUUGUAAGGGUUGUAAUAUUUUUUCGUAAGGGAAAAUCAAGUCAAACAUUUCUAAGUGGAAAUGACAAACUUCAGAAUACUUUAUAAAACUCACAUACACAGAGUAUACCAAACAUUAAGAACACCAAAUGCAGUGUACCUCCCUCAGGACCCAGGUAGCUAUUGCACUUUUACACUAUGUGUUGACUGUAUAAACCACCUAAUACAUUAUACAAUGAUUCAUAGUCAUGUAUGUAGACACCUGUAAGGUGCUAUGAGCUGUUAUGAGUACUUAUAGAUGUCUUACGAUGAUAAAAUAAAUGAUGGAUGUCUUCGUAAUAUAUUGCGUUCACAAGGCCUUCUCUUACAUUUCUCUCCCUUCUUCUCUGGUCAUUCUUAUGUAGUGGUCACCAGUGUGGCUGUCGGGGUAACGCUUGGAGUUUUUGCCAUCCUCUUCAUCAUCACUGCCGGCUUCAUCAUCUACUGGAGGAGGUGAGAGAUCAUCGUCGUAAUACAUACACUACUGGUCAAAAGUUUUAGAACACCUACUCAUUCAAGGGUUUUUCUUUAUUUUUACUAUUUUCUACAUUGUAGAAUAAUAGUGAAGACAUCAACACUAUGAAAUAACACAUAUGGAAUCAUGUAGUAACCAAAAAUGUGUUAAACAAAUCAAAAUAUAUUUUAUAUUUGAGAUUCUUCAAAUAGCAACCCUUUGCCUUGGUGACAGCUUUGCACACUCUUGGCAUUCUCUCAACCAGCUUCACCUGGAAUGCUUUUCCAACAGUCUUGAUGGAGUCCUCACAUAUCCUGAGCACAAACCAUCUCAAUUUGGUUGAGGUCGGGGGAUUGUGGAGGCCAGGUAAUCUGAUGCAGCACUCCAUCACUCUCCUUCUUGGUAAAAUAGCCCUUACACAGCCUGAAGGUGUGUUGGGUCAUUUUCCUGUUGAAAAACUAAUGAUAGUCCCACUAAGCCCAAACCAGAUGGGAUGGCGUAUCGCUGCAGAAUACUGUGGUAGCCAUGCUGGUUAAGUGUGCCUUGAAUUCUAAAUAAAUCACAGACAGUGUCACCAGCAAAGCACCCCCUCACCAUAACACCUCCUCCUAAUGCUUUCCGGUGGGAAAUACACAUGCGGAGAUCAUCCGUUCACCCACACAGCGUCUCACAAAGACACAGCUCUUGGAACCAAAAAUCUCAAAUUUGGACUCCAGACCAAAGGACAAAUUUCCACUGGUCUAAUGUCCAUUGCUUUGGCCCAACCAAGUCUCUUCUUCUUAUUGGUGUCCUUUAGUAGUGGUUUAUUUGCAGCAAUUCGACCAUGAAGGCCUGAUUCACACAGUCUCCUCUGAACAGUUGAUGUUGAGAUGUGUCUGUGACUUGAACUCUGUGAAGCAUUUAUUUGGGCUGCAAUUUCUGAGGCUGGUAACUCUAAUGAACGUAUCCUCUGCAGCAGAGGUAACUCUGGGUCUUCCUUUCCUGUGGAGAUCCAGUUUCAUCAUAGCGCUUGAUGGUUUUUGCGACUGCACUUGAAGAAACUUUCAAAGUUAUUGAAAAGUUCCGUAUUGACUGACCUUCAUGUCUUAAAGUAAUGAUGGACUGUCGUUUCUCUUUGCUUAUUUGAGCGGUUCUUGCCAUAAUAUGGACUUGGUCUUUUACCAAAUGGGUCUGUAUACCCCCUAAACCCCCACACCCCACACCUUGUUCCAGAACAACUGAUUGGCUCAAACACAUUAAGAAGGAAAUAAAUUCCACUAAUUAACUUUUAACAAGGCACACCUGUUAAUUGAAAUGCAUUCCAGGUGACUACCUCAUGAAGCUGGUUGAGAGAAUGCCAAGAUUGUGCAAAGCUGUCAUCAAGGCAAAGGGUGGCUAUUUGAAGAAUCUCAAAUAUAAAAUAUUUUUUGAUUUGUUUAACACUUUUUUGGUUACUACAUGAUUCUAUAUGUGUUAUUUCAUAGUUUUGAUGUCUUCACUAUUAUUCUACAAUGUAGAAAAUAGUAAAAAUAAAGAAAAACCCUUGAAUGAGUAGGUGUUCUAAAACUUUUGACCGGUAGUGUAUAUGCAUUUAGCAGACGCUUUUAUCCAAAGCAUACAUUUUACUUAUGGGUGGCCUCUGGAAUCAAACCCACAAUCCUGGUGUUGCAAGCACUAUGCUCUACCAACUGAGCCAUACAGGAUCAUCAUAAUCAUCAUCGUGCUCAUCAUCACUCGAUAAUUUAGAUGGUUUCAACAAAAAAAUGUGGGAUGGUCAUAUGAUUUUUGUAUGCAUUUGUUUUUACAGACAAACCAAGAAAGACUCUUCAGACAUCCAGAUUCACUCUAUGAGGUUAUUAUGAUGAUUCUUCACUUGUUUCUGAUCCGUCUCAGUUUGAAAUUGAAUGCAUUUUUUUUCAGGGCUAAAGUGUGAGUAUCAACUCUUAUGGUAACCUAUUAGGAGACUUGACACAUUGAAUGAUGCAGCAAGUAGAGUUACUGUCUCUUGGUGUCACUCAUGUGUUUGUGUUAAUGCUUGUCUCCUGUGUCUCUAUUAGCAGUACCGUGGCUGUGAGGGUGGAGGACUAUGAAGCGUAUUACAAGAAGCAGAGAGCAGACUCCAACUGUGGCUUUGCCGAGGAGUUUGAGGUAAAAUAUAAAGCUAUUUAUUUGUUCAUACACAUAUUAUGGAUGUUCCAUCAGGCAUCAGUUGAUGUUCUGUAUUCUGUAAAUAUGCCUGUGUUUCUUUGUUAGCUACUCGUGCCUGGUGGCCUAACGUCUCCCUCUCCCUCUAGGACCUGAAGCUAGUGGGAACAGCCCAAGCAAAAACCAGCGCUUUGGCCAUGGAGAACAAGUCCAAGAACCGCUACAACAAUGUGCUUCCCUGUGAGUCAACCAUGACCCCUGUCUCCAUGACAACAACCCCUGUUCUCCUGCCACUGCUUACCAUAGUUACCAUUGCUUAUCAUAUCUAAUCCUCCAUCCUCAUUGCCGAACAGACUAACUCCUUUGUUUAUUCAAUAGCUUAGCUGUUUAUUCAAGCAAGUGUUUACACUAGAGUGGUUGGGAGCAUGAUGCUCUGUCUCUGGGCAGAGUGACAGGAAUUAUCUUUCAGUUCUAUCAAUUGCUCAUUGCUCCUCUUUCCCACAUUCCAGAUGAUUCCUCAAGAGUGAAACUGUCCAUCCAUGGGAGUCCAUUCGAUGACUACAUCAAUUCUAACUACAUCCCGGUGCGUACUGACCCAUCAUCAUAAUUUUCAUUGCUAUCAUAAUCAGCUUUCUCUGACCGUCUGUGCUUCAGCUCUGCUCUGGGGUUAUUUCACAAAGCAAGAUCGAUAUAUAGCUAGAUAACUUCAAUUAACACUCAGAUAUAAGUAUUUAUUUUCAGGUUAUAGAAGUAUCUAAUCUGUUAUAUCACAUCUGUCUCACAUUACCAGGAUAUACAGAGUUGAAUGAAAAUAUUUAGAAAAGUUAGUUAGUGCUUGUAGUAGAUGCUUACGUUCUGGGUCAAUAUGUUCCCACUGCCAGGGUUACAACUCCAGGAAGGAGUUUAUUGCGGCCCAGGGUCCUUUGCCCGGCACUGUCAACGAGUUCUGGAGGAUGAUCUGGGAGAAGAACGUCCAGACUCUGGUCAUGCUGACACGCUGUAACGAACAGGGACGAGUGAGUACACAUACGCAGACACCAUUUUGUUUGUGGGAAAGGGGAUGUAACCAUCUGCAUGCAGAAUAUAUAGUCAUCUACUCAAAUGCUCCUUCUCUGGUUCAGAUUGUUGAAGUGCUCCAGACUACCUUUCAGUCACUGCAGACCUCCCUAUAUGGUGUCAAGCUAGUCUUGAAUGCACCAAAAAUGAAAUUCAUGAAUUUCACCAUAGCCCGAUCUCAGCCAGAGAAGGUUAGCAUUUUCACAUCUGGGGGCACAUCCAUUGAAAAGGUGUCAUCCUACAAAUACUUUGGUAUAUAGUUGGACCAGAAGCUCUCUACAAAGUUCACAAGGAUAGUCUUGUGAAGAAGCUUAAACUGAAAUGUGUUGUUUUUUUCACAACAAGGCUUGUUUUCUGUUUGAGGCUAGAAUGAAGCUUGUUCAAGCCAUGUUUCUUUCAGUAAUUGAUUAUGGUGUACAUGCAUGCAGUCUCCUCUGUGCUACAGAGACUGGACUCAGUCUAUCAUGCAUCCUUGCGCUUUGUAACAAAUGCCAAGUCUCUGACCCACCAAUUGCACCUUUUAUCAAAUGGUGGGCUGGACCUUGCUUUACAUGUGCAGACAACUACAUUGGUACUUUAUGUGUUCAUAUACAACCUAUGGUUCUAACGAGGAACUUAGCCUAAGAUGCUUUUGGGAAAUCGGGCUCAGAUUGGCAUGAUGACGUGUUGCUGUGCUGAUUGUACGGUACGUUUUAUACUUUGUAAUGUUGUACUGACUGCUGCUGCCUUCUUGGCCAGGUCUGGUCUCCCUUGUAAAAGAGACUGUGUCUCAAUGGGAAUUUCCUUGUUAAUUGAAAACAAAUCUAACAGACACACACAAGACAGCACACUACCAGAUUCAGGGCCGGAUCAGUCUCGACGCCAGUCGUCAAGCCCAAGCAAGGAUGGUGACCAAAAUGAAAAUAUUUACACAAACAGAAAUUGCAAAAGGACAAGAGUAUUUACACAAACAAACACUGGCAGGCCACCAGGCCGAAAGACUAACCUGCCCACCUCUCUCUCACUAAGUGCCAAACCAACACACCUGUGCAAUGAUCAAUUAUCAAGGGCUGCUUUCAGUACGAAAAUAAAUGUGUGGAACGUUCAAUUAAAUGGAAACUGUGCUGUACUGAACGACUAGAUGAAAAACAGGGAGCAUUGUCUUCUUCUUCAAAAUUGGGUUGCUUAUUGUUAGUAAAUGGCUUUAAGCUACAGUACCAGUCAAAAGUUUGGACACACGUACUCAUUCUAGGGUUUCUUUAUUUGUGUUAUUUUCUACAUUAUAAAAUAAUAGUGAAGACAUCAAAACUAUGAAAUAACACAUGGAAUCAUGUAGCAACACACAAAAUGUUAACAUAUUAAAAUAUGCAUAUUUAGCAUAUGCAGCAUAUGUGGGAACUUCUUCAAGACUGUUGGAAAAGCGUUCCAGAUGAAGCUGGUUGAGAGAAUGGCAAAAGUGUGCAAAGCUGUCAUCAAGGCAAAGGGUGUGUCACUCUCGUUGAUAGAUGGAUCAGACCAAGGUGCAGCGUGGUAUGCGUACAUAAUCCUUUAUUAACUGAAUACAGAAUCAAAACAACAAAAUACAAACGAACAUGAAGUUCAACAGGCUACACAAACACAAGCCAAUACAGAAACAAGAUCCCACAACUAAGGUAGGCAAAAUGGCUGCCUAAGUAUGAUCCCCAAUCAGAGACAACGAUCGACAGCUGCCUCUGAUUGGGAACCACACCCGGCCAACAUAGAAAUAGAAAAUCUAGAAUUCACACCCUGACCAAACCAACUAGAGAAAACAGGGCUCUCAAGGUCAGGGUGUGUCAGGGUGGCUACUUUGGAUAAUCUUUUUUGGUUACUACAUGAUUCCAUACGUGUUAUUUCAUCGUUUGGUGUCUUCACUAUUAUUCUACAAUGUAGAAAAUAGUAAAAAUAAAGAAAAACCCUUGAAUGUGUAGGUGUGUCCAAACUUUUGACUGGUACUGUAUAUCACCAUCAUCUAGUGGCCACAAUAAAUGAAUGACAAACACAAUUUGGUUUAGGACUCCGGCACUGCAGGAAGAGGUAAAAUCACCAAUAUUAGUGUUGCGCUUUUUUCAAACCACAAAAGAAGAAGAAAAUGUACUACUUUAAAAUGGGGAGAGCCUCAAUGGCACUUCCCAUGCGGUCACAGACACCAUAAUGGCAAAGAUACAAAGAUGAGUCCUCUAUAUAACUCUAUGGGAGGACCUCCUGACCCACAUGUCCUCACACUAAGCUAGCCCAAUUCAUAACAACACACCUGUCUCUCACCCACCCACCUCUCUCUGCUCAGGUCAAAUGUGAGGAAUACUAUUCAUCUGAGACCAAGCACUUUGAGUAUAUCACCGUGACAACCACCUCUGAGAUCCCCCUAGAAGACUGGACCAUCAGGGACUUUGACGUAAAAAAUGUAAGUUGCUGUGAUAACAGAGGAGGCUGGUGGGAAGAGCUAUAGGAGGACAGGCUCAUUGUUAUGGCUGGAAUGGAAUAAAUGGAACGGUAUCAAACACAUCAAACAUAUGGAAACCACAUGUUCGACUCCAUUCCAUUUAUUUCAUUCCAGCCAUUACAAUGAGCCCGUCCUCCUAUAGCUCCUCUCAGCCUCCACUGUGUGAUAAUGAGGGAGACAAAUAUUUUCCUCUUCUGCUGCUUAGUGGGUAAAACCAGAGCAAUAUACAUGGCUCUGGGAAAAACUAUCCCUUAUAGCUAGCAUUUUGAAAAUGAAUUUUAGCAGAUAUUUUCAGAUCCGACUAUGGAUCCUGGAAGGGUUCAUUCAUUACAUGUUAUGCAUACCUUAGUGCUUAUCAGUAAGUGUCCCUGUGUUUGUGAUUGGCUGACAGGUGAAGACGGCAGAGACACGCUCGGUACGUCACUUCCACUUCACAGCCUGGCCAGACCACGGCGUCCCCGAGACCACUGAACUGCUCAUCAACUUCAGACACCUGGUUCGAGAACACAUGGACCAGUACUCACGCCACUCCCCCACUGUCGUCCACUGCAGGUACAUGCACAUGCACACGCACAUGCACACACACACACACACACACACACACACACACACACACACACACACACACACACACACACACACACACACACACACACACACACACACACACACACACACAAACAUUGUUUAUCUUAGUUAACGUCAAUAAGCGUUAUUGGUUUGGAAAGUAAAUUAACAUUAUUUCUCUCUCCCUCUCCCUCUUGCUCUCUCUCUCCUCUCUCUCCAUUUAGUGCGGGUGUGGGUCGUACAGGCACCUUCAUAGCCAUCGACCGGCUGAUCUUCCAGAUAGAGAGGGAGGGUAUGGUGGACGUGUACGGCACCAUCCAUGAACUGCGCAUGCACCGGCCCCUCAUGGUGCAGACAGAGGUCAGUCACUGCCUACACCGGUCUACAUUUCAGCAUGUUUCUGGGUUUAUUACAGGCCUGCUGUACAAUACAUCACUGUGGUUAAAAGUGGAAGUUAUGCUACAGGUGCUUAUGUGGUCAGUAGGUGAAAUGUUAUGACAUCUGAACAGUCAGUUUGCUUCAUCCUAUUGGAGUACAUUGUGUUAUUGUCUUACAGGAGCAGUAUGUGUUCCUAAACCAGUGUGCCAUGGACAUCAUCCGAUCCAGAACUGGAACCAACGUGGAUUUAAUCUACCAGAACACAGCUGCACUCACCAUCUACGAGAACGUAGAACCGAGGAAAGAUACAUUUAAGAAUGGCUACCACAACGCA